UUGUUAUUAUAAGUUCUUUCCGCACGUCCAAUACCUAUCGCUUUCGCUGUCCCACUCUAACCUUGAUGCCUGUUCUCUUCUUGCAUGUUACGUGGUUUGCGAUGACGAUGGAUCGAAAAAAAAAAAAGUUGUUCAUAAAAGAAAAAUAAAAAAAAAGAUAGAGGAGAGUGAGAGAGUGUGAGAAGGAGAAGGAGAGGAAGAGGAAGAAAAAAUAUAUAAAAGAUUAUUCAGAAGAGUUGUAUACGCGACAUGGAUACCAAAUUGGAGGCGCGUGGCCAGUUUCCGGCCUCGUUUCCGGAUAGCUUCAAGAACUUCUUUGCCAUGAUGAACGAAGACGAGGAUCAUGUGGGGCUGUUUGCCAAUCUGCUGGAGGAUAAGGUGAUUCCGCGGCAAAACAGCCCCGUGCAGCCGCAGCGGCAGCGGUACGGCGGCAGCAUGCGGAGUCACAGCGGCGGCGACCGCUCCGAUCGAAGGGGUCGCGCCGAGCGGCAGUACCAGCAGCAGAUCCAUAAUCAACAGCAGCAGCAACAGCUGCAGCAGCAAAGCGCCCAACACCGUGCUUUCCAGCCGCGAAGUCGCAGCGGCAGUGGCAGCAGCAUUGACCUUUAUGCGAAUCGGAGUGUAAGCUUCACCACCACCCCCACCAACCGGGUCAGUUCGCUGCGCAGGAAUCGCUCGCGAGGAUCGCUGACCACCCUCAGCAGCAAUGGCUUGAAUGCCCUGGGCCUGGGCCCUGUGACCCUGGCACCGAAUGUCAGCUCGAGCAGCAGUGGCAGUGUCCUGGACUUGACAUUGCCGGGUGGCAAUGCUGCUGCUGCUGAUGCAGGAGGCGGUGGCGGCGGAGGUGCAGGCGGAAGCGGCGGCCAGAAUAUGUACACUUCGCCCGCGAAGUCGAACCUGAAAACCGCACUGAAGGCAACCAACAUGGGGGACCGCGGAAGCACUGCCUUCCUGGGAGUCGACGGUAAUUUACUUGGCAGUCACAUUAAGUACCACUGUCUGCAGCACGAUCAUUCCACAGAUGGUAUCCAACAACUCCAGCAGCAGCUGAAGAAUCAGCAACUCGGUUCUGGACAGAAGCACGUGACUAUGGCCUGUUGCGAGUGCGUUUGCGGCAGUAAGAAGGCUUCCCGUUCCGGUCCCGAAGGCGAGGACAAUUGUGCGGCGAGCUAUUCUGGCGGAUACGUGCUACCGAAGCCUAAGCCGAAGCCGAAGCCCAUCGACAAAACUUCCGCCGAUCUGGCAGCGUCGAAGAACAAGAAGCUGCAGCAGCGACAGGAGCGGCAGGAGAACAGUGGGUCGCACCUCCUCGAUAGGGCUUUCGAAAUCGAUACGAGCUGCGAAGACAUGGACAACAUAAGCCUCAGCACCCACAAUUCCGUGCCCUCGCCAGCUCCCCACCAGCUGGCCUACAAUGUCCUCAAGCCGAUCCUGAAGCAGCCGCAGUCGCAGCAGCAGAAGGCAAUGAUGCAGCCGCAACAUCAGCAGGCAAAUGCCCAGCAACAUCAAUGUGUUACGCAGCAGCAAUAUCAACAGGUGGCUCAUCAGCAACUGGGCAGCCAGCAGCAUCAAGUGGUGACCCAUCAGCCCUAUCCAGAUGGUGCCCACCAGCAGCACCAAGUGGUUGCCCAUAAGGCACACACCCAUCAGCAGCCCGUGUUGCCGAUGCAGCUACCGACGCCUGGGGUGGUUGUGGUGCACCGCCUGCUGCCCACACCGCCCACCCACAGCGGAAUGGGGGCGUACCACACGCGUGAGACAGCAUUGCACAGGGUGCAACAGCAGAGCGGCUUCUACAACCAGGGGCCCAGCACCUCGGCAGCUGCCUACGGCUAUAACCAGACCAUGGAGCAUCAGCAGAUGCAACAGCAGCUGCACUACGAUCCGCACCAGGAGCUGCAGUUCGAGCAGCAUCAGCCGCACCAGUCGCAUCAGCAGCAGCAGCUGCAGCAUCAACAGCAGCUGCAACAUCAACAGCAGCUGCAGCAUCAACAGCAGCUGCAGCAUCAACACCAACUGCAGCAGCAGCAGCAUCAGCAGCAGCUGCAGCAUCAGCAUCACCAACAGCAGCAGUACGCAGACGAUACCGAGUUCGAUUACGAUACGGAGUGGGAGUUAGAUGAGGAACCUGCUCCUCAGACUGUCCCGCCACUCACCACCUUCAACGACUUCGUUAAUGCGGCCCAGAAUCCAACUGGCAGUCGACAGAGUCUGCGGGCCCAGAAAUCGCCGAUUUUGAAUAGACGUCGCGCAUCAUCGAUAGCUGGAAAUCUUUUGCACUCCGAUUAUACGUACACAAGGAAUAGUAUCGGUGGAGCUCCGAUCGACUCCACCGACUUUCAGCGCAUUUCGCACAGCAGCAGUGCCAGGGAUCGCAUGUCUCUGGCCGGAGUUCUGACCUUUCAGCAGGCCAUGUCCGGAGCAGUGUCGCCACAAUAUGGCACAGUGGGUUCCCUGAAUCCCCAGGCAAGCGGUGCCGGUGAAAAUAAUCCCGGAAUGUUGGGAUCCGAUGCCAUUGGUGGCGGUCUACCUGGUGGAUCUUCACAAAACCUAAAUUUGACGGUGGGAUUGGGGUUUCUCGGUGGUUCCAGCAGCACUUUGGCUGCUGUCGCCGAGGUGACUAGUGGACCGGAUGGCACUGGCGAUUCCACCGACUCCCCGUCCCCGGACUCCAUGAUUCCCAGCCAGCAGCGCAAGCAGCAGCAGCUGCUGCAGUUGCAGCUGCAGCUGCAGCAGGAGCAACAACAUCUGCCCACCCAUUUGCCAAUGAAGCGGGAACGUGGCGUCGGCGAAUCCUCCGCAGCCAGCACAGCCGGCACCGCCAUCGCCGAGCUGGCCUCCUGCGUGGUCCUGGCCGCCCAGUCCGGAAAACCCAUGACGGAGCGGCAGCGCUUAAGGACAUCCAGCAUGCCGGCGGAAAGUAGAAGGCCUCGUCUGGCCGAGAUGCGUCGCUCCGCCAUCCAUACCGGUGAUCCGGACAUGACCUACUAUCGUCUGCGGAGCUUCAGCAUCACUUCCCAUGGCAUUUGCAACUUGGGCGAUUCCCUGAGAAGCCGCAGGUCACGUUCGAUCAACUCCGUGACUUCCAACGGCACCUCGAACAGCGGCGUGGAUCGACACAAUAGCAACGCAUCGGGGGCAUCGGGCGAAGUCAUCGACGGGGAUCCCAAUGUUCCGGCCUUCAAAAUUGCCAUGCUCGGCGCCUCCGGAGUGGGCAAAACCACCCUGACUUACCAGUUCACCACUUCCGAUUACAUAUGCGCCUACGACCUGAGUCUCGAUGAUGAUUACGGACAGAAGACUGUGUCGGUGCUGGUCGAUAACAUUGAAACGGAUUUGGAAAUAAUUGAUCAUCCUGCAUGCGAGAUGUCGACGGAGGCCUUCUGCGCCACCUACAACAUCGACCUCUUCGUCGUGGUCUACUCUGUGAUAGAUCGAAACACUUUCGCAGCAGCCGAGCGUGUCCUGCAGUAUCUCAAGGAGAACGAGAUGCUCUUGUCCCGCGGAGCCAUCCUGGUGGCCAACAAAACGGAUCUGCAGCGACACCGAGUGGUCACACGUCAGAUGGGUCGCAAGGUGGCCAAGGAAAUAGCGUGCAAAUUUAUCGAGACAUCCUCUGGACUGGAUCACAAUGUGGACGAGCUGCUGGUCGGCAUUGUGGCCCAGGUGAAACUGAAUCCGCAGCGUUUGCGACUGCUCACGGAAUUAGAGCUGCAGCGCCUGAAUCUGCAGAGUACCAUCCAGAAACAUCGUGGAAUGCACCUGCAGACGCGCCGGAUGGUCCGCCAAAUGAGCGUUUGCCAGGGCGACGAGGAGAUCUUCGAUGGUGGAUUGCCGGAGAGGCUGCAGAACGGCGGGGCCGACAAUGAUCCGGACGGAGUGCCUAGCACUUCGAAGGCCGGCCGUUCGCGGAUUGAGAAUCCCAACCGCAAGCCCUUGAACCUGGAAAGCAUAUUGAAGAUGGGCGAAAGCGAGGUGGACGAGGACGAAGAUGUGGUCAAGUUGUCGCGGCUGAGCAAGUUCAAUAUGCUGGCGGCCAGCAUAGGUCAUCGUCGUCCAUUCCGCAAGCGUCGCUCGUUCGACGGCGGCGUUACCACAUCUGCAGCUGCGGAAGCAGCCGCCGAGCUGCAGCGGCGCUAUCAACUCCGGGCCAUGGAUGAUCUGCAGCUGGAGGGACGAAUGGGCGGAAUGAUGGAGGAGCGGUUUGGGGAGAGAAGUGGACUGGCCGAUAGCGAUGACGAGGAGGAUGGCGAGGGUGGAGUGGACGGUGUACACCGGAAUGCCUGCAACCGCAAGGUGGUGAAGAAACUGACCGCCCGCACCAAGGUAUUCAUCUCGUCGGUGCUGCGCUUCAAGAAGUCCAUCAGCCUGAAGCGGCGCAACUCCUCCAGCUGCAGCGAUCUCUUCGUGAUCUAAGCGGUUGGCAGCGGGCGGCAUAGGAAGUAGGAAGCAUAGACUGAAUGUAUAUAAACGGAGUAUAUAAGGAGGCGAAGUUGGAGCAUCGAAGUGGAAACGAAAGUGGAACCGGAACAAUACAGACCAGGAGAUCCUGACCAGCAGACCCAGAACGUAGGCACAACGAAACCGCAGCGCAAACCGAGGUGGAGUCGAACACGGAUGUGCAGGAGUGCAAGGACAUCAUCUUGUGAGGAAGUUUCCAGUUGCAUAUUACACAAAAAAAAAAUACAGGGACAUUUUCCAUUUUAUUGGCCAACGGUUGCAGCAUUGACCUAUACAUUUGCACUUUUAAAUGGCAACUGCAAAUCGUCUGGCGAAGGCAAGAAAUUUGAAAUUCUGGGCCAAAAAAAUUUCUAGAAAUUUACAAUCACUUGAAAUGGCAUUUAAAAGUGUGGUCUGGUCCGUGCCCGUGCGACUUGCGGACUGAAAAUAUAUUGUAGACUACCUUUGGAAACAUCUGUAAGUGAUAUUAAGCAUCUAGAAAUUUUUUGACAGGCAAAUGCAUAAAAAACAAAAGAUACACCCAUUUAUCCCUGAACCCGACCGGUAGGUGGCGCUGCAAAUGCGGACAAUAAUUUUCCUAUCAAAAAUAUUGAUCAGCAAAUUUUACAAAACCGAAAAAAAGGGCUAAGCACGUUUUGUGCAAAAGUAAAUCAAGUCCUAUCCGCUUAAAAAAAAUUUUAAAUGCAGCUCAAAUGAAAAUACAAACAAACAAACUUUUUGAUGGCACAUACUCGAAGGAACAGGAAAACCGCAAAUAUGCAAGAGAUACACUCUAUUUUGUUAUGUCGUUUUUGUGGUUCCUUGUAAUGAUUAAUCGCGUGGUUUCUGUCGAGUUUCAAGCUAAAACAGAAUUGGCUUAAUAACCUAACGCAUAUAUGAACUUAAAGUGGUGUCAAAGACGUUGAGUAAUGGUGCAAUUAUGAAAACGUUUUUUUUUUUUUGUAGCCAAUAAACAUGACAUACAUGUGUAGAAGGAAAUUCUGGCAAACAACCUGAAGACAAAAAGAGCAGUAGGAAAUAGUCCAAACACUUUUGCAAUCUUAACAUCCUUCUUUGUAGUGGCACGCAUAAUAAUGGAAUUCAAUUUCAUAAUGCCAAUGGUCCAGCUUAAUUGCUCAACUACUAACAACUACUUUGAACAUUAUUGAAUACAUUGAAAUACCUUAUUUUACAAUUACCCUCCUUUGUGAUUUUGAGAUCUUAUGAGUCUUAUAGUAGCUUCUCACCAAACCUUCCACCAACAAUGUAGGUAUUAAUAUACUUUUCCUAUAUUUUCCAAUACAAUAAAGCAAUGUGAAAGCUUUUUGUAAGAUGUGCACCUUUGGAGCUGCUGCUCGUUUGGCUUUUGCUGAACUAUACGUAUAUAUUGAAACAUACAACAAAUAAUUGUCUGGCGCCGCGUUUUUGAGAUAAAAACAAUUUUUUGCGCGUCUUUGAUCAAGAAUAAGCAACUAAGUAUUUUACAGUUCUAAAUGUCGUGUGGUAAGAAUACCGAAAAUACACUGAAACCACCAGCACCACAUAAAUUACAUAGUAUACUCGUAUAUUAUAACAGAUACCAUCUGAACGAGAAUAAAAUGUUCUCUACAAAAAGUUUUAGCAAGUGGCGCCCCAUCAGGGACUCGCACAAUUUGCCAGCGUACCGCGUACAUUACACACAGAAUAUUCAAUAUUAAUAGCUUAUGAAUGCUACCAAGCGACCGCAUACGCGAAAUCAGAGGAAAAGAGCAACUAUUAAUGUGAAAUCUGCCAUGACGUCGUUGGAGGAGACAAAGUAAAUCCAAUACCCUCUAAGUUUUCCCGAUUGCUUUUGUAAUUUCGUCGGUCGUUGGAACUCGAGGCACUCAGGCAAAAACCAUAAUGAGCUUACCCAAAGCCUGUAGUAAUUUUGUCUGGAAAUGGAACAGCACGAAAAAAUGGAUACAAAUGUUGGGCUUAGCGGCUGCUAUCGCCAACUAGAAAAAAAACUAAAGGAAUAUCGACCAAGCGACGGGAUUUCCACUAUUUUUUGUAUAAGUUGUUUUUGCAUUUUUAAGUGCAUCUUUUAAACGGCUAUGUGUACUAUUUCAUUACAUUUCAGUUCUCUAUUACUUUUUUGUUUUUGUCUAGAUGGUUUUGACAGCUGGUUAAAUUAUUUAUUUGCCCUCCUAUUUUUGUUGGUACCCACUUCCAACUGACGUUGUAAUACAAGUUGUAAUGGCAAAGUUUUCGGUAGGGAAGGCGGUCUUAAAAGCCAAAUUCAAAAGAAAAGAAAACAAAGAAUAAGUCAUACAUUCCACCAUUACAUUUUUGGGCUGUCCGCAUAAGCGGCAGCAGCAACAAAUACCUAAGGUACACAAAGUCAUGAACAAGAAAACUUAAACAAAUUGAAAAGAAAAAAAAAAUGAAAAAAAAAAAAAACACACUCAGCUCAGCCACACAAACUCCCCCUGCUCACUCUUCAGCCAAACAAUUGAAAAAUGUGAAAAAUGUGAAAAAUGCAGGCAAGGAAUGGAGAAUUGUAAUGCUCAAUACGAGGAGACAUUGGAUUUAUUCGGAAAAAUGAGAAGGCGACCUAUGUGCCAUCUAUCUAAGUACUUGGCCAGACUUGAUCGGAGCUUCCAGUUUCCAGUAAACGGAAGCGCUAGCAAUGAGCUAAAAAUACAAAAUACAGUGAACGGAACAACGAAUCGUGAAUGACCUAAGUUGGAUUUUAAGUGCAAGCGAAGCGAAAGCGUAUGACACCACAUCACAUAUCCAAGUCCGUUUCGUCAUGUUUCAUCUGACAUGUAGCUUACUGAACCUCUUUCGACCAUAACUCUAACCAAAUGACUGUGCUGAACUCAGCUGAAAGUCCAGUGGCCAAGAGGCUUAAGGAAUAUAUUUAACUGGAUGAGAUUUAAUGGGGCAUCGACAUCGAUUAUCGAGCGCCAACGGAAACUGGACAUAAGCUGGGUCAAGGGAAGGAUCCCAAGGACCUGGGGACACUCUAACGUACGGUAUCACUUCGGACUUCACCCACUACCUACUACUUCAAAAUCGAGACUGAUUUUACUGCUCCCAUAAUAGCACACAAACAAAGUAUACAAACAAAGUAUACAUACAAAGUGAACAUCCCAAAUCGGAAGAAUAUCAUAACCUGACAACCUGAACUUCAACUUUCCUAACCUACUUCGCAUACACUAUCAACACGAUCAUUUAAGAUUACAUUUACAAGUUAUAGAACCUAUCGGUUGGAUAAGGUCAAAUAUAUACAAAACUACUUGAAUA